AUGGAUGGUUCUGAUAAUAAGAGUGUUUCAUCAUCACUAUCAAUACCUAACAAACGCCUUUCGUUCUCAAAAGAUGAGAAUGAUCAGAGCUAUCAAGAAAGGGGUCUAAAUGUUCAAAACCCGAAGAAACCAAUAACAUCAGCAACAACAAAGCAUUUCAUGUCACCAACAAUAUCUGCAGCUUCAAAAGCUAAUCCUCCAAGAAGGAAAAUCUUAGCUGAAAGGAAUGAAUCUCUUGAUACCCAUCUCCAAAAGGCCCCAAAUUUUUGUUCGAAAACCACUUCGAGCAUUGAAUUUGAUGAAUAUGAGGAAAAUGGUCAUCUUGAUGAUCUGUCAUCAAGGCCUUAUGACCCAUUAACCAAUUACCUCUCUCCAAGGCCUAAAUUUCUCAGAUAUAAGCCUGAUCGUCACCGGGAUAUUCUUCUACGAAGAGAAAAUGAGGCUAAAGAAGGUGAAGAUGAGACAAGCAGUUGUAGAAGUUGUUCUCUAGAAUCCAAGAACGACAAAGAUGUUGAAGGUGAUUCAGAUAUUUCUUUGGCUGACGAUACUCAAGAAGAAAAUGUGGAGAAGGAAGGUGAAGGAGUUGAUGAAAAUGAAGAGGAAUUUGAGGGGGUAGAAGAGGAAAGAUGCUGGGGUUUUAGAGUACUGAAAUCUUUGCUUUUGUUGGUUGUUUUGGUGCUUUCUACCUCAUAUAUUUCUACUAUGAACUCUUCUACACCUUCACCUAUUGUGCAAGCUGUUGGCAGUCUCAAGAAUGGUUAUCACAUGAUUCAAGAUCAUGUAUAUGGGUUUGUGAAGAAUCUUGAGUCUGAAAGUAGAAAUUAUAUCUUGGUUCAAAAUGGACGUGGAAUUGAUGAAGAAGAGAUGAUGUAUUAUGAAGUGAUGGGAGAAGACGAAUACGACGAUGAUUUGGAUGAAGCUGUAGAGAAACAAAAUGGGGAAAGUGAAGUUUUGAAGAUUGUUGAAGAUGAAGAGAAGGGAACAGUAGAAGGGUUUGGUGAAGGUGGAGAAACUGAGGUUACGGAGAUUGUAGAGCAAGGAGAGAAAGAUGAAAUUGCCAAGUUGGGUAGCGUGGUAGAGCCACAAGCUGGAGAGAGUGCGACUGAAAUGGUGAAAGGAGGAGAGGUCUCUGAUGAAUGUCUGAUGAAUGAGGUUGUAACGAAUCCUGAGCUGCAGAGAACACAAGCUAUAAUAAUGUCUGAAAGUUCAUUCAUAAAUGAUGGGGUUGAUUCUUUGGCUAUGCCAUCUAGAAUUCCAGAGAAUUUUGAGAAAGAAAAUGAAGUUGCUAAUGAGCCUGUCAAACAAGAGGUGGUUGAUGGCGAAAUCGGUAAUAUCUGGAAUGCCACUGAUGAUCAUGCCAAACACUAUCAGAUUCAAAGUGAUGAAGCAGAAGAAAGCCUGAAGGAAGGGAUUAAGAAAGAGAACGCUGUGGUUGUGUUCUCCACAUUGUUUUCAAUUAUUGCUGGUUUGGCAUUGGCUUUUCACUUUAAGAGGAAGAGAAAUGCUCAAAAGGAUGCUUCUCCAGUUGUUCAGCCUAGUUUCGGGCCUGUUGAAGCAGGGAAAUGCAUCUCAAUGUGUGCAUCAGAAGCAGAUAAGAACACCGAACAUCUGGUGCCAUUUACAAAUUCUUCUAAUUCAGUGGAAGAAAACUGUAAAGUAACAUACCAAAGCCGAGUGCCAUCAGUUGAGUUUCUUGGAGAAUUUGAGGUGGGAGAGAUGAGCAGCCCUCUUAGGAGUAGUUGUGGUAUGAAAAGCAGGAUGAUAGAAAAUGAUGUGAGCAUCCAUUCUGUUUCUUUGGAGAAGAGGAUAGCCACCAAGGCUCACUCAGUUCCUGUUCAUGUGCAGUCAGCUUUCUCAGAGAUCUCCACCCUGGAUUUCCCAUCCCUCUCGCAUGGAAGAUUCACUAAUGAGAAGAAAAUUGCGAAGAAACAGGAGGGAGCAGAUGGAGAAACCAAGAUGGUGGUAACAACUCCAGUUAGGAGAUCAAGCCGAAUCCGCAACCGUAGCGUCAUAUCUCCAUGA